GCUUAAUUAUUUCCCAACUAUUUUUAAGACUGGAGUCCUAAAAUAGCCAGGCUCUUGAGCAGAAGUGAGAAUAGGCCUGCGGUCUCAUUUCUGCCUCCCUUUGGAACCCCCUGGCUGUGCUGGGUUGGGCACCCCCGCCCCUGCCCACACCCUGUGCCUCUCAGCUGGCUCUAACCCCAGAGGCCCAAUGAAAGCAGGCCAUUUGCAUUCUGCUUUAGAGGUUCAGAGCUAGACAGGUGGGCAGAGCAGGAGAAGGGGAGGGUACCCGUUGAAUGAGGCCAGUGCUCUGAAGCGAAGCCUUUUACGUGUUUUGUAUUUGAUUUGAUAAGAUGGACUCUGCCAUAUCUUUUGUGUUGCCAUGAAUACCGUCCAUCUGCCGGGUCCUUGCUGGGACUCCUGGCACCUGUUCAGCUGCUGAGGGCGGCCUGUGUAACUGAAAUUCUCCCUCAUCUGCUCGGCCUUCCCUGAGCACACGGGCUGGCAUUCUUUCAAGGACAGACAAAGGCGUCAUGGGGUGCCCGCAUGUCCCUUCACCAGGACCGACCCUGAGUGGGGUGGUGGUGUCGGGAGCGUAGCUGUACUGAGGCAGGUCAAGGUGCUGCCCCUGCAGACUGGUGGAGCUGGACUUCUCUCGCCCUGCAGUGUGGGCAGGGGCUCUGCGUGAAUUCACGCUCCGGGAUGAAUUUGCGCUGGAAAUUCAUCUGUUGGAGGAACAGCAGGGAACAAAGCAGGGAGGUCCCCGCCUGAGGAAGCCUGUGCUUUAGAGGGAGCAGCGGACAGUCAACAGGAAGACAAAUAAAACAAGGAAGUGGCCGGGGCAGUGGCUCCCGCCUGUAAUCCCGGUACUUUGGAAGGUGGGCGGAUCACUUGAGCCCAGGAGUUCAAGACCAGCCUGGGCAACAUAGCAAGAUCCCCACUCCUGUGGCCCCAGCCACUUGGGAGGCUGAGAUGGGAAGAUCACUGGAGCCCAGGAGGUUGAGGCUGCAGUGAGCCGUGAUCACGCUCCUGUACUCCAGCCUGGGUGACGGAGUGAGACCUGUCUCAAAAUAAAAUAAACUGGGCCAGUGCCAUCCGCGUCGCAGCUCUGGACUGCAUGGAAGAGAAGAACCAGGCCGUGUGUCAUGACUACGACAUCCACUUCUACCCCACCUUCCGGUAUUUUAAAGCAUUUACAAAGGAGUUUACAACUGGAGAAAAUUUUAAAGGACCUGACCGAGAGCUGCGAACAGUCAGACAGACGAUGAUUGACUUCCUGCAGAACCACACGGAAGGAAGCCGGCCCCCUGCCUGCCCUCCCCUGGACCCCAUUCAGCCCAGUGAUGUUCUUUCCCUUCUUGACAACCGUGGCAGCCAUUACGUGGCUAUUGUCUUUGAAAGCAACAGCUCCUACCUUGGACGGGAGGUGAUCUUAGACCUCAUCCCAUAUGAAAGCAUCGUGGUGACCCGAGCGCUGGACGGGGACAAAGCUUUUCUGGAGAAACUUGGUGUUUCUUCAGUCCCUUCGUGUUACCUGAUCUACCCAAAUGGGUCGCAUGGAUUGAUUAACGUUGUGAAACCUCUGCGGGCCUUCUUUUCCUCUUAUUUGAAGUCAUUGCCGGAUGUGAGGAAAAAAUCGCUUCCCUUGCCUGAAAAGCCAAACAAAGAAGAAAAUUCAGAAAUCGUGGUUUGGAGAGAAUUUGACAAGUCAAAGCUGUACACGGCGGACCUGGAAUCAGGGCUACACUGCCUCCUGCGGGUGGAGCUGGCAGCCCACAAGUCCCUGGCCGGAGCAGAGCUGAAGACGCUCAAGGACUUUGUGACUGUCUUGGCCAAGCUGUUCCCUGGACGGCCGCCAGUCAAGAAGCUGUUGGAGAUGCUGCAGGAGUGGCUGGCCAGCCUUCCCCUGGACAGGAUCCCCUACAACGCCGUGCUCGACCUGGUCAACAACAAGAUGCGGAUUUCUGGAAUAUUCCUUACUAAUCACAUAAAGUGGGUUGGAUGUCAAGGAAGCCGAUCUGAGUUGAGGGGUUACCCGUGUUCUUUCUGGAAACUGUUCCACACUUUGACUGUUGAAGCCUCGACCCACCCAGACGCACUGGUUGGCACAGGCUUUGAAGACGACCCCCAGGCUGUGCUGCAGACGAUGAGGAGGUACAUUCACACCUUCUUUGGGUGUAAGGAAUGUGGUGAGCACUUUGAGGAAAUGGCUAAAGAAUCCAUGGACUCGGUGAAAACCCCAGACCAAGCCAUCCUCUGGCUGUGGAAGAAGCAUAAUGUGGUGAACGGCCGCCUGGCAGGCCAUCUGAGUGAGGAUCCCCGGUUUCCAAAGCUUCAGUGGCCCACUCCGGACCUCUGCCCAGCCUGCCAUGAGGAAAUUAAGGGCCUGGCAAGCUGGGAUGAAGGCCACGUGCUCACAUUCUUGAAGCAGCACUACAGCCGCGACAACCUCUUAGACACGUAUUCUGCAGACCAGGGGGAUUCCGGUGAAGGAGGAACCCUGGCCAGGGGUGAGGAAGAGGAGAAAAGACUCGCUCCCCCAGAGGUGUCCCAUGGACACCGAGACACCCAGAGCGUCCAUCCACCCGGUGUGCUGGGCCCCAGGCCUGCCCUUCCGGAGAGCUUGCACCACAGCUCGGACGGGAAACUCCAGGGUCUGGACAGGCCCGGGGCCCACAAGGAAGUGGGCGGGGCCACACCCUUCCUUGGGGUCGACUUCUCCAGCCUGGACAUGAGUCUCUGUGUCGUGCUGUACGUGGCCUCAUCCCUGUUCCUCAUGGUGAUGUACUUCUUCUUCCGGGUGAGGUCCAGGCGGUGGAAGGUCAAGCACCACCACCCGGCUGUGUGAGUGCCCGGGUGCUGCCGGCCACGGUGGAAGCUCGCUCGGAGGCAGCCCUGCCCCGUGCCACCUGCAGCUUUAAUAUUUAUGAUCAGGGAUUUUAUAAACAUGCGGGCCUGGUUUCACAUCGGAUGGCACCUUUUGGCUUCAAAGUCCUGGUUUUACGAACGCUCUUCUAACGAGGGAAGAACACGGGGUAUUUUGUGGGGAUAUUUGCAUUCCUGGCGCACUCAAGUCUGUUCAUGCUCCUUUUGCAGGUCUUACAGGAAAAAGACUUCUGUAUUUUUACUCUUCUAGACGUGAAGAGAGGGUGCAGAGUGCAGGCCAGAUAGUCUUUCCCACACCCUUUCAUCUUGUUUCCUCGACUCCGCCUUAUCCUGCAAGGCCUUGUUUUUGUAUUUGGAGAAGAACCUCGCCCGUGCCCCGUCCCCCCCCCCCCCCCCCCGCGGCUCCUGGCUCCCGCUGUGAUCCCCAUUCCCCCCGUGGCCCUGCACCCUCCACUCCCCUCACUCCUCCCUCCCCCUGUCCCCCCCCACGCCCCCUGCUCCCCCCGUACCCCCGCUCCCCCCAUGCCCCCCGCACCCCCGCUCCCCCCGCUCCCCCUGCUCCCCCUGCUCCCCCUGCUCCAGGCUGCCAAGUGUUUUCCUUUAGCUGGGCGGGGACAGCAGAGCCGGAAGCGCAGUCGGCCUCUGCAGCCCCUCCAAGCAAGUGCUCCAGGGACUAUCCUGUGCUUGCAGCUGCUUCCCUAGGGCAGGUUCCUGAGGGCUCUCCAUGUUCCUCCAGGUGUUUCACACCAGACAUGGGGAUUUCAACAGGGGAGGAGCCAAGGAAUUCUGUGGCUGUGCUGCGUUUCAGAAAAUAACCCCCAGAGGCCUCGGGCUGUGGACUUGGGGGUUGGAAGGAUGGGGGCUCAUUUAACCCUCAGAGGCAGCGCCUUUGUCUAUCUGGUGAUGAGAGAGACAAGUAAAUGGGGACCACUGGGCCUGCGGGUCCCUGGAGGGAAGCUCUGGGCUCAGCGGGCAGUGCUUAGAGCAGAGGCCCCUCUGUUGGGGGGUGGGGAGGAGAGCGGUCUGCCCUUGGGAGCAUAGGCCCCAGGGAGACUUCUAAAGCCCCCUCUGUCGUCUGCUCUUCACCCAGCACCACAGAGGCACCUGCCACACACACAAGCAUCACACUCUGGGCCCACGGAGGGUCGGGGGUGGCAGGGGCCUGCGUCAGGCUUCCUUUGCCUGAAGCUGUUUUGGGAAGGGUCUCCACACAGGCACUGAUCUCCCAAGCUUUGGUCAUGAUUUCGUUUACCAUUUAAUAAUUUUAAACAUUGUUUUUAAACCCAAACAUUUAGUGGUCAGUUGCCUCUGAAGAUUUAAACAAACAAAUACACUAUUUCUGGGAACAUUUAUGUUGAGAUUCUUUGUGGCUAUUGGUGUGUCUCACAGGCAAAAUUUAAUCUGGCUAAAAUAGGCUCAGAUGUAUUUGUGUACCUGUGUGUGUGAGAGAGACUUUGACAGUUGUAGAUAUUUUUUCCGCUUUGCCUGCUUUAUGUUGUAUACUCAUGUGUUUACUAACGAGUUGAUCACAUGGAUGUAUUCAUAAGACCAUGUAAUAUUGAUGUGAUUGUUGCCGCUUGAGAAAAAAAGGCAACAGCUGAUUCCUUAAAGAACUGUCACAGAACGGCUGGGCUGAGAACGCUGCCCAGGGCCCUGCAGCUGGUGGGAGCAGUGUCUGGUGCCUUGGCCUCCUGCUUCAUGUCUCUCACUUGAGAGUUGCUUCUGGUUUCACACUUUUUAACUCCUCUGUGCUUUAGCAGCUGUGACCUUGCCUUCAUUGCUUCAUCCAGUGCAGGCCUGGGUUAUUGAAGGCACCAAAGUGUUUCUCUUUCAGUUUGAAAAACAGGCAGGUUUACUCCUGGGUUUCAGUGUAUUUGCCUUUGAACCCUUUAAACUUUAGCCUUUUGGCUGGUGUUGAAUGUCUUUAGCUGGGGUGACCUGGAGUGACGUGGGACAAUGUUGUGUUUUACUGUCUCCAGCUUCAACCUUUCCAGAAACCCUUGUGGAGGGCAGUGUUGGCUGCAGGUUUCAUCAUAUUGCAGUUUGAGGUCACCACUAUUUGGGGAACAAGCUUGCGUCCUGCUGAGAGGCAGGAUUCAGCAGAGCGUCAGUGGUGGGGCUGGGCCAUCGUGGAGGUGGCCCCAGGAGUCGUAUGGCCAUGCUCAGACACACCUCGUGUGGCCUGCUCAGAGCUGGAUGCCACCUUUAGGCAAUGUUUAGAGCCUAUUUUCUAAAGUUUUAAGUAUUUUAAGAGGUAUUGAGACUAAUGAAUAUAAUAGUUCAGUAAUUUAAAUGCUUAUUUAUUUUCAGUGGAAGGAUUUUUAUUAAAAAGAAGCUAAUUGACAUGGAAAUGUCAGUGAAAUUUCUUACCUGCAAGGAAAGUGAACAUUUUGUAUUUAAGUAAACUAUAAUGUGCACAUUUUAAUAAAGAAAUCUGACGUUUGAAAAAA